AAGAACAGCAAGAAAAGACGAGUACAACUCCCCAAUAAAUAUUCUACUCUUGGUUUACCUUAAAGUCCUUCUAUUUUUCAUACCCGAAAAAUCAAACAGAGUAAGACCUCGGACAUAUUAGUACCUCUGUGGUCGAAGUUCCGGUUGCCCUCUUCGCUCCGCCCACAUCUUUGAAACGUCAACAGCGCCAAACUUGGGCUCCCUAACUGGGUAAAAAUGACCACUGGAGCCGUGGAGCCACAAUGGAGGAAAGUUCAUUCUGUUACAGGAGUAAUACCACGCUCGAGACACGGACACCGCGCAGCUGCUAUCCGGGAACUGAUCAUCGUAUUCGGUGGUGGAAACGAGGGGAUAUCGGAGGACCUCCAUGUUUACAACACUGUCUCAAAGCAGUGGUUUCUGCCCGCGGUGAGGGGUGACAUCCCACCAGGCUGCGCCGCCCAUGGCUUCGUCUGCGAGGGCACACGAGUGCUGGUCUUUGGCGGCAUGGUUGAGUUCGGGAAAUACACCAACACCCUCUACGAACUUCAGGCCAGUCGGUGGCUGUGGAAGAAGCUGAAGCCGAGGGCGCCCAGAAACGGGUCUCCGCCGUGCCCUCGGAUUGGCCACAGCUUCACCCUCUUGGGUAAUAAGUGUUACCUAUUUGGAGGGCUGGCCAAUGACAGUGAAGAUCCCAACGGUAAUGUUCCAAGGUACAUGGGAGACUUGUAUGAGUUGGAGCUGCAGUCGGUAUCGGGCGCGAGGGGCUGGAACAUCCCAGAGACGAAGGGCUGUGGUCCCUCCGCGCGUGAAUCCCACACCUCGGUUGCCUGCACCGGCCUCGGUUCCCCGAAGCUCUACAUCUUCGGCGGGAUGCAAGGUUCCCGGCUAGACGACCUCUGGCAGCUUGAUCUCGACACAAUGGUGUGGUCAAGACCACAGACGAGAGGUUCCACGCCACUGCCGAGAAGCCUUCACUCUGCCAAUGUCAUCGGAAACAAGAUGUAUGUUUUUGGAGGCUGGAUUCCUGUUCCAGAGUCAGACAGACACGUAGGAACCGAAUGGAUCUGCAGUAACUCCUUGAGUGUGCUCAACUUAGACACCAUGAGCUGGCAGAAUCUAGAGCCGGAGCAGCAGGACGAUGUCGAGUCCCAGCUGCAGAGCCUGGGACCGCAGAGCGACGACCCAUAUGCCUGUCGGCCCCGAGCCAGGGCCGGCCACUGCGCCGCCACCGUCGGGUCCAGGCUUUACAUUUGGAGCGGCCGCGACGGAUACAGGAAGAGCUGGAACUACCAGGUCUGCUGCAAGGACCUCUGGUACCUGGAGACAGAUCGACCGGCUUCACCGGAGGCCGUGCUGCUCAUCAGGUCCACCGUCAGCAUGCUCCAUGUCGCGUGGCGCCCCCUGGCUGCGGCAGACUGCUACAUCCUUCAGGUUCAGCCCGCGCGUCCUCCCAGCACGGCAGCCGGUAAAGCUCCUGCCAAAGCGCUCCAUCCAACUGGAGCAGAUGGACAGAAUGGGAAGAAUAAACACGCUGAAUGCGGCGUCCAGAAUGAAGGAACCACUGAUCGAGAGGAGAAAGCAUCAGCUCAGGACGCCUGGGUGCAGAAGGACACCUCGGUGAAACCUUCAAACGGCUCAGCAGAAACCGAAGCAGAGGGAGGGAGGAGCGGCGGGAGAGACGCGGCGGAGGACUCCAAACGCUGCGCCGCCGAUCAGAACGCGUCAGCAGCAGAGGUCAGCAGCUCCGUUCAGUGCACGUCAGACAAACAGUCGGUGAACAAGUCAACGGAUUCGUACUCCCACACAGAUCAGGUUCAGCAGAAUCCAGAUGACACCAUGUGGUUUGAUGUCGGUGUGUUUAAAACAUUAUUCUCUGAGGUCAGCCACUACUACCUGCCAGCUGACAAUAACCAGGCAGCGUCAACUGUCAGGAUCAAUACUAAAGAGAGGAAACUCCCUGGGAAUCAGGACUACCGGAGCAGGGAGAAGCAGGAGCUGUCUCCAGGUCAGAGCUACAGGUUCAGAGUGGCAGGUCUCAACUGCUUCGGUCAGGGAGACUUCAGCCCAGUCAGCGAAUUCAAGACUUGCCAGCCCGGCUUCCCUGGAGCGCCCUCUGCUGUCAAGAUCACCAAGGCCACUGAUUCGGUCCACAUCACGUGGGAGGCUCCUUCGUCCCCGUCAGGCCGCAUCCUGGAGUAUUCCAUGUACAUGGCGGUGAGGAAGAGCCGCUCCACCAGCUCCGAGGGGCCCGGUCAGAUGGCCUUCAUCAGGAUAUACCGCGGCACCAAGACGUCCUGCUCCGUGAACUCCGCCCACCUGGACAACGCACACAUCGACACCUCCGCCUCCAACCGGCCGGCCGUCGUCUUCCGCAUCGCUGCCAAGAACGAGCAGGGCUACGGGCCGGCCACACAGAUCCGCUGGAUCCAAGAUCCCACUAAAGUGCGAGCAUCCGCGUCGAAGGUCGACAGCAACGACGUCGACCAGGAUGCUGCUGACAGCUCCAGCUGAAAACGUUUGGACCGUUGACGCCUAUUUUGGAAAAAAAAAAGACUGUUCACUCAGGAAGCUGGCAACGUUCGCCGCUGUUGUACAUUUCCUAGAUAGUUUUGUUAUUUAUUUUUUAUGUGUUUAAAUGUAACCCUGUAAAUAUAUACUGAUUUUCACAGGAUGUUUAACCACUUGGCUAUUUUAGUUAAAAAAAAUAUAUUUCGUUAAGUAAUGAAGUGUGAAACGAUGAUGUGAGCCCUCUGAGAAUGGUUGAAGGUUGAAGGUGCCUUAGAUUAUGUGUUUACCUCACCACACACUAACAGUUUAUAACUAUGAAACUGAGACGCUUUAAUGAUCCCGAAUAGAUGUUUAUUUUGGAUCUCUUGUAAUGUCCUACGGAUACAGCGAAGUUAUGAAAUGACAGUAAUCUGUACGAUGGAAUGUCAUUCUUUGGUGCGUCUCAAGUUAGCGUUAAGACCUCUGUUCUCAUGUUUUGCCACUUUUAUGCCGUCACUCUGUGUUGUAAACAUCAUCAGUUUGUUUUCUGUUACAUGUCUACAUCACCUCCGUUGGCUUUUAUUUUCAUUACUAUCAUUAGGUCACUUGUCUUCCAUGUAAUGUGCCUGAAAUUAGUUAGUCAUAAAUACAGUAUUGUUUCUGACUUAAAAACAGGAGUACAAUACAACUUGAAUAUAUGGUAUUAAAUUAAUGAGAAUAACUUGGAUAAUACAAUUCAUACAAAAAUAUGCAGUAUAAUUAAAGGUAAAGUACAAACACCACAAACUGCUGCUCAUCCCCUU